UCAUUGAAAGAGGCCAUGACUAGAUAGUUAUAAACAUGAUGUGAAAAUGUGAAUCAUUAGUAUUAAAGAUGUUGAAAUCAAUGAUAUUGUUAUUCAAACUGUUAAUGACUAUGUUACAUAACUUUAAUGAUUCAUUCAUAGGCGUUGAUGACGAAACUAUAAAACAGUAACAAUUGAUCCAAAAUUGUUAAUAAUGUAAUUGUAAGAAAUUGAUAAGUAUAUUGAAGUCGUUAAUAAUGAUGAGGUAUAAUAAUAACGAUUCAUUUCAUAAAUGUUGAUAAUGUCAUUUUUUUUAUUUCUGAGUGAUAUCAAUGAGAACUAAUAGUUAAGCUUACAAUUCUACCCAGGACCCCCUAAAAGGCUCUACUGAAGCCACCCCCAAGAAAUCAAAAGAUUCUAGCUCUACAAGAGACAAAAGCAGUGCUUAACGCGCCACUCUAUGGGCAGCACUGUUGGCGGAUUUAGGAACCGCCCUAAACUCUAUACAAACAGACAAAGAGCUAAGGAUUUGGAUACACUCUCGUAACACCGGAACACCAAUCGAAUCUUCUAAGACGCCUUGACGGACUUGGUUGACCACCACUUCGGAGUCGCCUUCGACUAUCACGAGGGACAAGUAUCUUGAAGCUGCAAAGGAGAUAGCAUCCCUGAAAGCUUGAAGUUCAGCCAGAUAAGGGUUGACUAUUCCUUGAUGCUGCAACCCGACCGCCAACCUAACAUGCCCGUCUGAGCCACGGAUAACAAGCCCAGUCGAACACCCGGAGGCGCUAACAGUUGCGUCGACGUUGAAAUGUUGAUAAUGUCAUUGCAAAAUGUUAAUACUGUAUUGCAAGUUGCCACGAAGUGAGAGAGAGCAUAUUUUUUAAUUUUCAAUUUUCAUUUUAAAAAGUAAAAAAUAUUAUAUUAGAUUUUUUUAAAUAUUAAAUAAUAAUAUUUAAUUAAAUUAAUUUCGAAUUUCCUUUUAAUUGUAGUGGAGAGAGAGGGUUAUAGAGAAGAUCAAGGGGGAGAGAGAAAGAGAAUCAUUAAUGAGUCAUAUUAAUUAUUUUUCAUAAUAUCUUAUUUAUUCCAACUAGCUAUUAACUACUAAUCCCUCAUUAACUACCUAAUCUAGUAUCAGCCAAUAAAAAUGGUUUAAAAACCUCCUUAAACAAUGAGACUUAAGGACCGGAUCUAACCCGAACAAUUUGUAUAUUUGGGAGAUAAACACUUUAUCCUAAUGGAUGAAGUCACCGAUAUGAUGAAUAAUUAUUGAUUUUCAGUUAAAAAAAAUUCAGUUUACUAAUGUAACUGAUCCCAAAAUUAUAUUGACUAUUAUGUAACUUAACCGGUAAACUAACACCGGGAAGACCGACUUUUUCAGUUUCCUUUCUACCCGCCUUUUGGCUUUUCUUCGCAAAGUCUAUCAAUUUCUUUCACCACAGAAUUUUCAUUUCCUAGAAUUCUACUCCCUUCUCCCCUCCUCUGGAUCAAUGGCGGAAGCAGCCCUAUUCUCCAUCGCCGACGCGAUCCUCAACCAGCUAGGCUCCAAAAUCCUACAAGAAGCCGCACUUUUAUGGGGGAUCGGAGACGACGUUCAGAAGCUCACCCGCACACUCUCCACCAUUCAAGCUCUUCUCCUCGACGCAGAGGAGAAAUCCUACUCCCCGCGAAACCACCUGCUCCAGCUCUGGCUCAAGGAGCUUCGCCAAGUAUUUUACGACGCCGAGGACUUGCUAGACGACUUCUCGACUGAGUUGCGGCGGCGGCGGAGCAGCCAGGGUACGGCGGCCGUCGGGGAGCGAAUUGCGCGCGAGGUACGGAAUUUCUUCUCUGGCUCGAAUCAAAUUUCUCAUGGAUUGAAAAUUGCGCACGGGAUUCAAGCCGUUAGGGCUCGACUGGAUGAGAUUGCCGAGAGGAGAGAGAUGUUUGAUUUGGUGGAGCGUCCUGUAGCGGAGCCGGCUGUGAGGAGGAAUGACCGGUUACAGACUCACUCCGGCGUCCCCCAUGUGGUCGUCGGACGAGAGAUAGAUAAGGAAAGAAUAGUUGAGCUUCUGAUGUCAUGUGAUUGUAAGGAGAAUGUGUUUACUGUGGUUCCGAUUGUUGGGAUUGGCGGAUUGGGGAAGACGACUCUGGCCCAGUUAGUGUACAAUGACGAGAGAGUUAAGUCUUGUUUCGAGCUAGCAGCGUGGGUGUGUGUUUCGGAAAAUUUCGAUGUCAAGUUGAUUGUUGAAAAGAUUGUGGAGUCUUGUACGGGGGAGAAGCUAGGAGGGAAUAUGGAGAUGGAUACUUUAAGGAAACGUUUGUUUGAGAGUAUCAAUGGGAGAAGGUAUUUGAUUGUGUUGGACGAUGUGUGGAAUGAGGACGGAGAAAGAUGGAGUCGUUUGAAGAGAUUGUUGAUGGGUGGUGCAAAAGGGAGUUGCAUGAUUAUAACCACGAGACUGAAGAAGGUUGCGAAGAUUGCUACUAGGAUGGAGCCGUAUGAGCUGAAGGGUUUAAGUAAGAGCCAAUCUUGGUCUUUAUUUGGUGAAAUAGCAUUUGAAGGUAGAGAAGCGAUGAGUGGGAAAUGCGAGUCUAUAGGAAGGGAGAUCGUGGAGAAGUGCAGAGGAGUUCCUCUGGCAAUCAAGACGAUUGCUGGAGCAUUGUUGUUUAAGGAGACUGAACGAGAGUGGGCUGCAUUUAGGAACAAAGAGAUGUGGGAAGUUAAUCAGAAUGAAAAUGACAUCAUGUCGACUUUGAAACUGAGUUAUGACCACUUGCCCACACAUUUAAAGCAUUGUUUUGCUUAUUGUAGAUUGUUCCCAAAAGAUUAUGAAUUGAAUGUCAAGACUCUAAUUGAGCUUUGGAUUGCACAAGGAUAUGUUAAUUCGUCAGAUCAAUCAAGUCAAUUUGGUGUUGGUUUGGAAUAUUUCAAGGAUCUUCUCUGGAUGUCUUUUUUCCAAGAGGCAAAACAGGAUGAAUGGGGGUAUAUUAAAUACUGUAAAAUGCAUGAUCUAAUGCAUGAUCUAGCAGUAGCUGUUGCAGGGGAGGAGAGCUUAAAUUUGGAAAUUGCGAGUUCACUAGAUACUCGAAGCUAUGAUACCCCUUUGAGUAGGAUUCGACAUGUCUCUUUGAAUUUUGCAGUUAAGUUCCCGGAGGAAUUAUGCCAAACUUCUUCCUUCAUUGUCAAUAACGCAGAGAAACUGCGGACACUUUUUACAGUUCAACGACCUUGGUUUUGGGAUCCAAAAGUUUAUAAUCCAAUCAUCUUCUCCAAUACUACAAGGUUGAGGGUACUGGAUCUGAGUUAUUUUGGGAUGACGGUAGUUUCACUUAGCAUUCACAAAUUGAAGCAUUUGAGAUAUCUUGAUCUUUCUGGGAACAAGAUGACAAUGUUACCGAAAGAGAUCAUAGAACUUGUUAAUUUGCAAGUGCUCAUGCUAAGGGAUUGUAGGUUUCUUGAAAGACUGCCAAAAGAUAUUGGAAAUCUGUUGAAUCUUGCUCAUCUUGCUCUUGGUGGGUGUACUGCUUUGAUAUGCAUGCCACUUGGGAUUGGGAGACUACGUUUUCUGAGAGAGCUGUCGAUAUUCGUGCUGCCAGAAGGUGGCAUUGAGUGUAGUACUGCAGCUGCUGGGAUUGGUGAACUGGGAUACAUGAACAACAUAAGUGGAGAGUUGAUGAUUCACAAUCUCGAGAGGGUGAAGAACCUAUCUGAAGGCGAGGCAGCUAAUUUAAAAGACAAGCAACAUUUGGACCAAUUGGUGUUGUCAUGGGAAAGCGGGAGAGAUGGUGUCGUUAAUGUUGACGAAAAGUUACUGGAGGCACUACGUCCACACCCCAAUUUAAAGGUGUUAAGCUUGGACUCCAAUGCUGGAUUGAAGUGUCCAAGUUGGCUUCCAUCCAUUACUAGUUUGGUGGAGAUUAGCAUUGAUGGUUGUCAACACUGGAAGCACCUCCCUUCAUUGGAUCAUCUUCCUUUCCUUGCAAAAUUGGAGCUUUCUUCCUUGUACUCUUUGGAGUACAUAGAUAGCGGGGUGAAAACAUCAUGGGCGUCUACUUCUUCAUCCUUUUUUCCUUCUCUCAAGUCAUUGAAACUUAUGGGUUGUCAUAAAUUAAAGGGAUGGUCAACUCCAUCAGAAUUAUUGCCACAAUUCCCUUGUGUUUCUGAAGUGACCAUCAAUGGCUGCCUUGACAUCAUAUCCAUUCCACAUUUCUCUCUGCAUCUGCAGAGUCUCACAUUAAUUGGUGGCAGUAAAGAGUUGUUGAAGCAGAUUCUGAAGAUAAUCCCCUCUUCUCCUCCUAAUCAUUUAUGUUCACCUCCUGCAUCACACUCCUCUCAUCUUGAAAGUGUGUAUGUUGACCAAGUACUGGAUCUUGAUACCCUACCAGAGGAGUUACUCCCGCGCCUUUCUUCUUCGCUGAAAGUACUAAGCAUUAGUGAUUGUCCUGAACUGAGGACUCUGUCUCCAUACCUGCCACAUCAUCUCACUUCCCUCCAAGACCUUUCCAUCUAUGGAUGUGAGGAAUUGGAUCUGUGUGAUCAUAUCACUAUUGUUGGGAGUGAUGGUAGCAAUGAUAUCAUGCAGCAGUUCCAUGGUGUCCUCCUGCCAAGCCUCUCUUCUGUUGAUUUCAAAGGUAUUCCGCGAUUAAUUUCUCUCCCAGAUUGGCUUCAACUUGCACCAAGCUUGAAAAAGAUUGAGACCCGAGAUUGCCCCAUUGCGAGUAUCCCAGGGUGGAUGCUGAAACUCCCAGAAAUGGAGUCAUUAGAAAUGAGGCACUGCAAAAAGUCCGUGGAAGAAUGCUUGGCUGAAGACUGGCCCAAGAUUAGUCACAUUCCAACUGUGAUCAUAAAUAAAGUAUGUAUUAAAAAGGAUGGCUCCUGCCAACCAUUAAACGAGGAAGUUGAAGAAGAAAACCCAUCACACGUUAUAGGCUGGUUUGGAGGUCUGCCAGAACGAGAAGAAGGAGAAGAACGAGAAGAGACAUCCAAACUUCUGCAGUUCCUUAGGAAUUGUGCUAGGGUUCUGGGAACAUGUUGCAACAUAUCCGGGGAUGUUUCCUAGCCGAUGCGAGUCCUGAGCGACCAAAACAAUGGUUACAGACCGAGGGGCUCGAGAGUGAUAUACACAAGGAGCUGGUAGUGCUAGAGAAGAGCUCUUGAUCCGAGUUGGAGGUUUAAAGGCUGGUCCAUAUCUUACAUUCACCGAGUGGGUAAGUUGUUCUGCAUUCCACCUAAUAAUGCCACUGAUCUUUACAUGUUUAAGCAGCUUUUGACUGCAAAUGGACAAAAAAGGGUUUCUGUUACAGAUGUGAAAUGCUAAUUUUACUUUCUGACCAGACUUUGAAUUUGUGUAUUGUCGUUGUAUGAUAUUAUUUGCUUUUUGCUUCUGGCUCAUACUAGUUGCAAGGCGGAUUUGAGUUUUUGGUUUGGUUACAAAUACUUUUACACGUGCUGUAAAUGAAAGCCACGACAUGUACAGUCACCUAAAUGGUUCAAGCCCUUAUAACUUCCUAUUUUUCUUCCCCGCAAGGAGAGAUCGGUCGUAUCUAUGUUGCUUUAUGAGUAUUGAUUGAACUGUUGUUUCUGAUUUUCUUGGAUGAAUUGCUAUUCUUGCUUUUCUGGGAUGGAUAGGUCUUUUGGAUACGACUUAGGCAGUUGGGAGAAGUCCAUGAUGGGUUACUAAUUUGCUAGUGUCUGCUAUCAAAUUUUUGCUUUAUGAUUAAGAACUUUUAUUUUACAGUUUCAAUUACUAAUGGUUAAAUUGGUAUCUUGAGGAUGCAGUUUAGGACACCAUUCAUAGUCACCACAACGCUGAAUGACUGCUGAUUUAUGGACACAGGUCCUCUCAGCUUUUGCACUCCAUCACUAUUAGAGGCCCAUGGCGCUUCUACACAGACAAUCUUGGCUUCAAGAGAUAAUGGAGAUGGUGGCUGUGAAGGACCGACUCCAUCAUCCUAGCUGUUCUCCUUGCAAUUCGGGCUUGUAUAUACGGCUCCAAAAUAGUAAUGGUGGUAAAAUCAUGGCAUUUGUUUCAGAAACUGUUUACAGAUUCCUGAAUGGAUUUCGUUCGAUAUUCAUCUAUAAGAAACACAUUUAACUUUGGAACCUGCAUUUUGGGGCUCACAGAGAUUGUGUAGAGUUCCGGAAUCGCACUCAAAACUCACAGGUACGUAUUCAGCUUUCCAGAGGAAAUGGUGCAUAGUUCAGCUCAAAGGAAAAGGAGAAAAGAGGCACAAGAGUUAUAUUAAAACUACUGUUAUUAUUGCAAUUGUUGAAUACUGAUGUUAAAGAAGGUAAGCUUGAGCACUCUGCAUAGUGACCUGCUUUUGUUUCGGUCUUACCUUAGCCUUGAAAGCACUUCUCAAAUAUGCUGCAGUUCAUGAAGAACCUGCAAAGAAAAUCCAUGUACACAGAGAUGUGAAGAUCCAGAAUCAGCAAUGGGAGAAAGCGUUUGAGACGCCGAAAGGAGAAGAAGACUAUACUGUAAGAAUCUGGACGUCUGUGAUUCUUCUUCUACCUCUCCAGCUUCUGUUACUUCAGUUUUUGCUUCCACUUUACCACUUUCUUCUGCUGUUGUCGCGGCUACCAUCCCUAUCCUCUUCCCAUAGCAAGACAAAAAGCCGCAAAUGUUUCUCGUCUUUCAAGGCAGUUGACCUGCUUUCAGACUGGUUCUUCACCCUGCCCAAAUUUUUUAUCAUCCAAGUUCCCUGUAGGUUGUUCAAGCACUGCAAUUCACCAAUACUAGCAGUACUAGCUGUACGAAUAGGCAUGCAUGUCAAUGGGGGACACCCAUCAUUAUCUAGAUCAUAAGUAUGGAACAGCUUUGCGAUAUGUAUCGGUAGUUGUUCAGGCUCCUCGCAAUACGAUAGUUUAAGUACUUGCAAAUUUACUAGCUCCAUAAUCUCCUCUGGCGGCACCUUCAUCAUAUUGCGACUGAGAUCGAGACAUCUCAGGCUUCAAUUUGUGAAGGGUAGUUGACACCGUUGACAUAAAAAAAUGAGUCUUUU